AUGGGCGACGGCUUCCGCGCAAGAUUUGCUGGUGUCACAUUCAAUCCCCGAAACGCAUCCUUUGGUCGCAACUACACGCGAGGCUUCGGAUCUGGAGCAGGAAGCGCAGGCUGGGAACAAAUUGAGAUGGAAGACAUGCUUGGAGAGGACAGCGACUCGGAAUAA